CCAGUAAUUAAUUAAUGCUAAUCCACCCAUCUAAAAUUUAAUGUAAUAUGAAUCAUGAAGUCUUCUCACCAGUAGCCUGUUCCAACACGCCAGUUAAAAAAAAAUCAUCAAUUCUAAGCUGUCCUUGUGAGGUAUCGUAAUGCGCGGGGAAUCAUCACCCUUAAAAGCCCAAACCAACAUGACGAAUAUUGAUCCCCACUUCUUUCUUCUGUUUCGCAAUCAACACAGGAUAAGCUAAGCUACAGAAUGUGCUCGUUGGAGAAGAGAGGCAACAUCUUCAUCUUAACACUUACCGGCACCGAUGAGCACCGGCUCAACCCCACGCUUCUCAAUGCCAUUCGAUCCGCUCUCCGUCGUGUCCGAUCUGAAGCAUCCUCCUCCUCUGCUCUCAUCACCACCGCCCACGGAAAAUUCUUCUCCAACGGCUUCGAUCUCGCCUGGGCCCAAGCUCAGACCUUCGAAGAACGCAUGGUCUUCAUGACCUCCUUGCUUCGAUCGGUUGUCACUGAUCUAAUUUCCCUCCCUAUGCCUACAAUCUCCGCCGUGACCGGACACGCCUCCGCCGCAGGCUGUAUCCUCGCCUUGAGCCACGAUUACGUCCUGAUGAGGAGCGAUAGGGGGUUUCUCUACUUGAGCGAGCUCGACAUCAAGAUCGUCUUUCCGCCUUGGUGCAUCGCCCUUCUCAAGGCCAAGAUCGGGUCACCAGCGGCUCGCCGUGAACUGGUCAUGAAAGCGGCCAAGGUCACGGCUAAGCAGGCGGUGGAGCUGCGUAUCAUCGAUUCGGCUCACGAUAACCCCGAGGAGACGGUGAAGGCUGCCGUUGAACUGGGCCAGGGCUUGGUUAAGAGGGGAUGGGAAGGGCACGUGUACGCUCAGAAUCGAAUGGCAAUGCUUGCUGAUGUACUGGACUCCACUGGAGCCACCCGCACUGGAUCGCGGCUCUAAGAGACACGAGGACAAUCUUGCCUUUCGCAAACUAGCAUAGGCUCUCCCGCGCGAUGCUCGGGGAGCAUAAACUUCAAAAAAUUAUAUUGUAUAAAUGUUUAUAAAGUUAUUCAUUUUAUGUCAACAA